AUGCGUUCUUCGUACUCGCUUCUAUUCCUUGGUGCUCUCGCACAUGCUCGACCAACACUAAGACCGAGAGAGGGAAGCUACAGCACGAACAACGUACUUGCACAAGAGUAUCAACAAAAGUGGUACUCAGAAGCACCAGCACACGUUCAGAAUGGACCCGCAAUACAUCUCGCCGCGACACAGGACACCCCGGGCCCAGGAAUCUCACCUUCUCAGUACAAAUGUUUUGGCCCCAUGCUGAGCGACUUUCCUGCGUACGAGACAUGGACCCUGACUUUCGAACAGCUCUGGCAGAUCAACGAGCCAGAGAUGACGAAGAUCAAUGGAGGGACGCAGUAUAACCAGCUCCUCAAGGAUGCCAUUCUCGCCCAGUCAAAAAAGAAUCACGUCGAUCCCAGAAUCAUACUAGCGAUGGUCAUGCAAGAGUCCACGGGCAAUGUAAACGCACCGUGCACCGGCCCGGAAACGCGCGACUGUGGCCUCUUGCAAAUUCGCUACGGCCGCAAAUUCACCGAUGCCGACAGCAUCGCUGGCAUGAUCCAGGACGGCAUGGAAGGCCUUGCCGCCACAGACUCCCACCCAGCUUGGCCCGGUUACGUCAACUAUUUCAACCUCGACCGUGCCGAUAUGAGCUGGAUCGAUGCGAUAUGGGCAGGGAAUCCGUUUCUGGCGGCACGGCUGUAUAAUAUGGGUUACCUCGACAGUGAGGAUCUCUCGCAAACGAGGGACGCGAGCUACAAGAGUACUUAUGCGCAAGAUAUCGCUGCCAGGUUGUUUGGGUGGGAUGGGCUUACGCCGAGGACCUGUUAG